AUGACAAAGAUGAGGAAGCUGAAUCGUCCUACUGGUCAUCGAAUCUCCAUGCUUAGGACCAUGGUCUCUCAACUGGUGAAGCAUGAACGAAUAGAAACUACUGUUGCCAAGGCAAAAGAAGUUCGGCGUCUUGCUGAUAACAUGGUGCAGCUUGGAAAAGAGGGUACCCUUUGUGCUGCAAGGCGUGCUGCUGCGUUUGUGAGAGGGGAUGAUGUGAUUCACAAACUAUUUACAGAGCUGGCUUAUCGAUACAAAGAUAGGGCAGGAGGAUAUACAAGAGUACUUCGAACUCGGAUAAGAGUUGGUGAUGCUGCACCAAUGGCAUAUAUAGAGUUUAUAGAUAGGGAGAACGAGCUGAGGCAAUCAAAACCCCCAGCUCCACAACCACCUCAAAGGCCAGCAUUGGAUCCAUGGACAAGAUCACAGCUUAGCAGGAGUUUUGCACCUCCUAAACAAGACAAAAGUGAGGAAUCAGAGGAUUAAAACUGGAAUCAUCCAUUCCGAAGGGAAUAAGAAGGUAUUAGAAACAACAGCUUCUACAAUCAUAUACUGAGUUUGUAGUCACAUUUAUGGCAUUUCAAUAUUUCAUUUUGAGUCAAUUUUCUGCAAUCAGGAACUAGAUCAUAAAUUCGAUUUGAAAUUUUGAAUCCUAUAUGGUUUGACAAGAUAUUAAGUCACUAAAAUGUCCCUGUUUUUAGGAGUAAAUUGAUACAUGAAUGACCCGUUAUUGUUGUAUAUUGGGAACACGUGGUAUUUUGCAACAUGAUUGAUAGAUAUUGCAUAUCAUGUAUUAGUUGGUAG